AUGGACUUGCGCUGCGAAGGGGAGAGUGUUGGCCAGAUCUCAACAAGCGGUGUGCCUGGUUGGCGAGACAUGAGGAUACCUUGUUGCGGCUCUAAGUGUGACUCCAGGGCGGAAAUGGUGACAAUGCAGUCGACGCGCGGGACAGAAGGGCCUACGAUAGAGCGACCUAGCACGGUCAUGGUGUCUUCACCUUCAUCGGCACCGACCUUGAGGAUAGUGGAAGGAGAAGGAGAGAAGAAUUGGCGCCCGGCUGAUGGUAUAGUUGGUCCCGUUAAUUGCAGGAUACCCUCCAGAGUAGGCCAUGUCUCUUGA